GAAAACAGUGAAAUUCCCUGCAAUAGAUAUGAAUAUUUAUUUGAAGUCGUUUUUGUCAACAAAAUGCAUUUUGGAAACUUUUCUGGAUGAAUUUCUUAGAUGUUAUUCGAGCUUUACUUUGAGAUCUCCUCCCUCACUCAUCGUCAGCGAUUAAAGAAAGGUUUCCUCAAACUUGAACGAAUUAGAUUACUCCAAACCGUGUAUGAGAACUUGGAUAAUUUUCUACGCAAGAAGUUGAAAUUUCUGUUUAAUAUUAAUUAAUAUUAAUAAAUUUGCGGUUUUCACAGCCCAUGAGAUUAGUGUGCAUAGUUUUUGGGCAAAACUGUAUACUAACAAUUUAUUAUCAACACUCCGUGAUCGAUUAUAAAAUGUGAUCUGAUAUUAAAAUUGCGUGCACAAACUUCUUACCAAACUUUACAUGCUAGUUCAUAAAAAAACCGUUUUAACCAAAAUAUUUUAACAUUCAAGCAACAUUAACAAGCAGCUAGUCGUAUUCCCGUUUUGAGGCCAAAAAGGGAAGGAUUUCAUUUUGUUGAGCCGUGUAAGGAAGUACCCGUGCAAUACUCCAGUUGGUUUUCUUUCUUUAGACUGCGCCGUUGAUAGUCAAAUUCGGUGAAUCUGGUGUGGAUGAAGCUGUACCGUUUCUUAUUUUGUCUCGUAAAUCUAGGCUUGAGUAAUGUUAAUGGUUUUGCAAAUCGAAAAAGAUUGGGGAUAGAUGCGCUCACCACGGCAGUUAUUGCUACAGAUGUGUUGAUUUUGUCAUAUAGAGGUUUCUUUACUGGGUAUGUUUGGCAAUGAAUGUAUCAAGUCUACUUAGAUCCGUGAAAAUCUCGGCAGAAUAGGCCAAAUUCACGAGCCUAGACAUUUGUCUUGUUUGGCUUUGGAAAGAGAAACUGUCAGAUAAUCUAUUAUUGUCUGGCAUUGAAUGUUGUUCAAAAGCCUGUAUUUAGAUGAGGGGGUUCGUUGUUCAGGAUAGAUGGUCACGAGGAUGGAUGAAGUUGGAGGACUUCUCACUAUAGCGUGAGAGUCCUUGAUGGGUUGAUUUCCUUCUUAGAGGACAUGAAGGUUAUAAAAAUGGUUGAAUCCAUUAGGGCUUCACUCUAUUCUACAGAGUCAAAAUUUCUAAAGCAAGAGAAGCCAAUUUAGUUCUAAUUUUUGGAGGAUGUCAGAACUGUUAACAGUAGACAGCACAGAAGGAAUUUGGUUGUGUUAGAUGAUGAAAGGUACGGGAUUCUAUUCUCAGACAAGGUUCGAAUGCAGAGAUAGGAUAUAUAUAUAAUGGGUGUCGUAAUGCCGAACGCUACUCUGUGAUCUAAACAGAGUGGAGUGUACAGUGUGCAAGACAUUUUAGACCGUGAAAGGAGCUCUCUUUCUUCUUUCCAUUCCAAUGGAAUCCGCAAUGUUUUCAAUAUCAAUUCUGCUUCUUCUCUCCAGCAACUUAGGGGCUACAGCUAGUGAUUUUGAUGUUUUAAAAGAUGCAUUUGGCUCAGUUAAUGGUUUCAAACUCUCAGAAAUUUGCAGCAGCAACAGCAGUUGUGACAGUAUCCCAUCAUUAUUUCUAGCAUCUCGGAAUCUCACAGGGAUUGUGAACUGGAGAAAGAUCUCUCUAUUGAGCCAGGUCAGCACCAUAGACCUCUCACACAAUUCGCUCUCUGGGCCCAUAACAAGCGAUCUUUUCACAAUCCAGAGUCUCCAAACACUGAAUCUGGCUAUGAACCAAUUGGGAGGAAAGCUUAUGUUUGACUGGAGUAGGAUUGGGCAUCAAUUCUCCCAUUUGCAGACCCUCAAUCUCUCCUCUAACCGGCUCAAGAUCUAUGACAGCCGGUUCAAUCUCUCAGGCUUCUCAACUCUCAGGGAGCUGGACCUGUCACACAACCAAAUCUCCGGUAACAAGGUACUUGCUGAACUUUUCAGUUUACAGAACAUUAACACAAUUUCUCUUGCUGGUAAUAGCAUAGAUUCGAUCCCCGAACCCUCUGGAUCCAAAUACCUAUACUCCCUUCAAUAUCUGGAUCUCUCUAAUAACAAUCUCAGAGGAGACAUUUCGUCUUUGGCUCAAAUGCCCUCAUUACGAUAUCUGGACCUUUCUGACAACAGCUUAACUGGGUUUUUCCCAAACGAUUUCCCGUGGCUUGAAACUCUACAAUACCUAAAUAUGUCUGGCAACGAUUUCAGAGGCAACCUGAGUGCAGAGCAUGUGCAAAAAUUUGGGAGGCAAGCCUUCAUUGAUUCUGGAAUCUGUAGUGAAUCCCUGCAAAUCCCCUGCAAUAAACGCGCCCCAGCUCCUGCCCCUUCCCAUGCAUCUCGGCAAGGAGUCCUGAUUCCAAGUUCCAUUUAUCGCAAGCCAUCAAAACCGUCGUCAUCAUCGCAUAAAUUGAAAAAACCUGCAAUUGCAGGUAUUGUAGCCGCAGCAGCUGCAGUUAUCAUGAUAACAAUGGUGAUCUUUUCUGUUUUUUAUCUCAGAAGAAAAAAGAGUAGCCCAACGUUGUCCAAAGACUGGUCUGUGUCCAGGUCUUCAUUCCCCUACAAAAUGGAGAUUCCCAUAAUUGAACCUGAGCAAGGACCGUUUUCAUUUGAGACAGAUUCAGGCACAUGGGUUGCAGACAUCAAGGAUUCUACUUCUGCUCCUGUAAUACUUUUUGAAAAACCUCUGCUGAACCUCACCUUCACAGAUCUUUUAGCCCUCACUGGCCACUUCAGCAAAGAUUCCCAAAUGGCUGAAGGGCAAAGCGGGCCUGUUUACAGAGCCAUUCUGCCAGGGGAUCUUCAUGUGGCAAUCAAAGUCCUAGAGCAGGCUAAGGAUAUCGAUGUGGAAGAGGCCACAUCCAAGCUUCAUGCGUUGGGUCGCCUGAAGCAUUCCAACGUAUUGCCCCUUGUGGGCUAUUGUAUUGCAGGGAAGGAGAAAUUGCUCAUCUAUGAAUUCAUGCAAAAUGGGGACCUUCACCAAUGGCUGCACGAGCUUCCGGGAGUGCAGCCCGAGGCAGACUGGAGUACAGAUACAUGGGAGGAGGAGCAACCUAGAAUUUCAGGAGAGCGGAUGGGAUGGUUUACCAGGCACAAAAUAGCUCUUGGUAUUGCUAGAGCCCUUGCUUUUCUUCAUCAUGGAUGUUUCCCACCUAUAAUCCAUGGGAGUUUAAGCUCCUCUAAUGUUUUAUUAGAUGGACAUUUUGAACCCCACGUGGCAGAGGCUGGGAUCAGAGACCUUGUAGAAGGGAACCGCCUUCAUUCCAUACCUGAAGUUGAGGAAUAUGCAAAGGGUGAUGUAUAUAGUUUUGGUAUAGUGUUGCUGGAAUUGGUCACAGGAAAAAUGGUUCGCGGAUAUGACAUUCCUGAUGGUUUUGGUGAGGAUUUGGUUGGUUGGGUUCGAUAUCUGAUAAGAGAGAAACUGGGUGAGAAUGCAUUGGAUCCAAGAUUGGUUAAUACAGGCCCUUUGAAUCUAAUGUUGGAGACCUUGAGAAUUGGGUAUCUUUGCACUGCAGAAUCAUCUCUCAAGCGCCCUUCAAUGCAACAGAUCGUGGGUCUUUUGAAAGAUCUCCAACCAGAUGGAGUUCAAAGCUGAUUUAUUCGGACCUAAGUUUUCCUCUGCACUUCAGAUCAUCUCUGCUCCCUGCAUGCGGAGGCUGUCAUAGAAAUGACAGCAAGAUGGUUUGGAGCUUUUGUUAUUUUUUGUUUUCUGCAAUAUUUGGCAAUGGAACCUGAUUGUUUGAAUUCUUUUAUGUAUCUAUUUUACCCAAGUUUGCAUUGAUUGAUUCAGAGGACAUUUAGUCUAAAAGAGAAAAGGGUUUAGGUGUCGCUUCAUUCAUUUAUCUGAAAGCAUUUGCAGGUUUGAAAAACAGCUAAGAUCUUAUUUGUUGAAUGGGGCUGCACUACAAUUAUAUGAUCAAAAUAAUUUAUUGUAUUGGUUUCCAUACAAUUUCUACAGUAGCUUAUACGACCAUAAUUUAUUGUGCUUCCUGUACUUA